AUGGCACGAUCUCAUCUGCCGUCCAGCACCUGGCGUCCCUCUGUAGCGAAGGACCAUGCCUCUGCCCGUGGUUACAACAUUCCACGCGUUAUUGUCACCUUCUGCGCAGUCACACUGCUCGUGCUCUGCUGCAUGGUUCCCGUGGGUGCUGUCCCGCCUCCGGUGGUGGAGUGUGAAAAUGGAGGCUCUGAGACGUGCACUGUCAACAACGCCUAUGGAGCCAAUUUCGAUGGGGUCACUUGCAAGGCAUCACGAGUGUUCUACCCAGCGUCUGAGGACGAGUUCAUUGCUGCUGUUGCAUACGCCAGCCAGAACAACCUUCCGGUGAAGGUGGUGAGUCAGUUCAUCCACACCACAGCCAAGUGGUACUGCCCUGGGGGGCAAGCAGGCGUCGUUAUAGUCACAACCUUCUACAACAGCAUUCAGCUCGACACACAGGCCAUGACCGUCACUGUAGACGCGGGUGUCAUGAUUUACGAUUUCUUCAGCUACCUCGCUCGCCACAACCUCACCUUCCCCACUGCGCCCUACUGGGAUGGAGUGACUGUGGUUGGGGCUAUUGGCACCGGCUCACACGGCAGCACACUGCAGUUCAAGGGUGGCCGCAUGGGAGAAUACGUGCGAGGGGUGCGGGUGGUGGUGGCAGCAGAUGAGGCGAGUGGGUGGGUGGGGGUGAGGGAGGUGAGCGGAGGAGAUGAGCUGCUGGCUGCUCGCCUGCACCUGGGGCUGCUCGGAGCCAUUUCCAAGAUGACCCUCGAGGUCUACCCCAUGUGGAAACGCCAGAUUGUCUUCUACAACACCAGUGAUGAUAACAUCGAGAAUGAAAUUCUUUCAUUCGCUCAAAACACAACAUUCCCGGACCUCAACUGGUAUCCCUCCUCGUACAGUGUCUUCUGGCGUCGGGACAAUCUUGUGUCAGUGGCCACACCAGGGGAUGGUUCCUACACACUCCCUCUCUUCCCUGGCCGCCUUGAAUACGUCUGGUCUGCUCUGGCUGCCAUGGACUACCAGUCUGAGGUCUCACGCAAUGCAGACGAGCAGUGCCAGGCCUGGCUCAACAUCCAGGUGCCGACUCUGCUUGGUGGUGGCGGCGGUUUCACCAACGAUGGCUCUUCCUUCUCAUCAUUCCCUGUUGUUGGAUUCCACAACCGCAUCCAGUCGUCCAGCGGGUGCGAAUUUGCUCCAGACUACCCCAUUGGCAGACAGACAUGCGCCUGGGAUCCUCGCAUCAGUGGAAUCAAAUUCUUUGAGACCACCCAUGUCAUUCCACUCAGGCGACUCAAAGAAUUUAUUCUGACUAUCAAGCGCAUCCGGGACAUGAGGCAGAAUGCAUUCUGUGGUGUUGGUCUGUAUGGAGGCAUCUUCUUCCGGUUCAUUCGCGGGUCGACUACACUUCUUGGCAACAGUGAGGAUGCGGCUAUGGUGGACAUUCAGUACUACCGAAACACAAAUGUCUCCCACCCUCGCACAAAUGGGGACAUCACUGACGAGUUUGAGCAGAUUCAAGGGAGGCUUUUUGAUGCCCUGCCUCACUGGGGAAAGAAUAGAGAUGCUGCUUUUGACAACAUUCUGCACAAAUUGCCGGGUGCGGCAAGGUUCCUGCGUGUCAGGUGA